UAAAUUAAUAUUUAUAUUAAUAAGCAAGUGAAAAUUUAUUUGUAUUACAAAAGAAGCACCGACUCUAUUUAAUUCUUGCAUUUAUCUAUAUUUGCACUAAUUACAUUCUAAAAUGUUAGAAUAAAAUUUGGCUUGAAAAGUAGAAUGACAGCCAAGUCGCUCGAAUUCAAAUGAUUUUUCACUCCUAUAGAAUAAAUGUUCGAAUGGUUCAGUGAAUACUUACUCUAAAAAUUAAAGUGUGUAUCUAAUGCAUUCCACCGUUAUAGGAUUAUUUCACUCUAACUAAUUGAGACAUUCUUUCAUAUAGAAUAAAAAUUCAUUUUAACCUUGAGUGGAACAUUCACUUUUGUAGUUUCGGGUGACAAUAUUUCUUGUGAUGUCUUGUGAAAUAAUGAUAUAUAUUGCGUUCCAUUCUAUUUCGAUCUGCUAGUGUUGCGCGACUUUUUACGUUCUUGCUUAAUCAUCACAACUUUUUUGCUUUCAUAUAAUAUAAUCUUUGUGAUUCCAGUUCAUUUCGAUCCCACUGAAGUCACCGUAUCUCAAGUAGAAGUGGACGACCAACAUGGAAGUGUACACGAAAAAUGUCGCGCACAGGAAUUCGAUCGACACCGCCAGUGAUACCGUCGACAAAGUGCCCCUAACGAGAAAACCAGGUCUCUUUGAACUUGAAACCGAAGUCAUAUGGUCUCUCGCCGUACUGAUGUUUGUGUUGUAUGCCAUCGGUAUUUACGGUAUAUUGACUUUCGACUACUUUGAGAACCUGAAAAGUACAUCGUGGAUACUUGGCAUGCAUAUGCUAGCUCUUUUUGGCGUGUCCGGCGGCGCACAUCGACUUUGGAGUCAUAAGUCCUACAAAGCUAAGCUACCACUGAGAAUUUUACUGGCAUUAUUCUACACUGCGGCCGGACAGAAUUCGAUAUACAAAUGGGUGAGGAAUCAUUAUUUGCAUCACAAAUAUUGCGACACCGACGCCGAUCCUCACAACCGUAACCGUGGUUUCUUCUUCUCGCAUGUCGGGUGGAUAAUGAUGAAGGAGCAUCCAAAACUGCUCGAGAAAAGCAAGAAGCUCGAUCUCUCGGACAUUCUCUCGGAUCCUGUCGUAGCAUUUAGCGAGAAAUAUUUCUCAUUGCUGCAACUCAUAUUCGGCUUCAUCCUGCCUACGAUCGUGCCUGUGUACUUCUGGAAUGAAAUGUGGGACAGGGCUAUCAUCUCUCAGGUGUUUAUACGGUACAUGAUUACUCUAAACAGCGUAGCGAUUUUCAACAGCGUAUCCCACGCAUGGGGUUACAGGCCGUACAACAGGCAUAUAAGGCCGGCGGACAACAAAUUAGUCAGCGCGCUGACAUUCGGGGAAGGACAACACAAUUAUCACCACGUCUUCCCUUGGGAUUACAGAUCGGGAGAGAUAGAUAUCAGUGCGGUAAACUACACCACGCAUUUAAUCGAUAUGUUCGCAAAAUUCGGACUGGCGUACGAUCUCAAGUUCCCGUCUACGGAUUUGAUUAGGAAAAUCGCGAUGUGCAGAGGCGACGGCAGCUACCCUCUAAAUUACGAAGUCCCGCUAUCGGAGAAUAUCUAGAAUAUGCAGAAAGCUAAAUCUGGCGAAUAUGGGGUGAUGAAGCACUAUGAUUUUCUUGGCCAAAAAGUCGCAUACAAUUUUUUUAUUUGGGCGCAUUAUCAUCCAGCAACGGUCAAGACUCUUGUUCUCGGUAUUCUGCUGGAAUUCGAUGAAUCCUGUUUCAUAAACGACUGAGAACACCGAUCGAAGAAUUUUAGUAAUUCUUUUUAUGUUUUUGUGAGUGAGACUUGAUUUUGACCGCUCCAGGCUCGUUUUUGAUACUUUCCCUGUCAUCACGAAAUAGCCUAAACUACUUAAAAACAUUAGUACGAUUCAUAGCUUUACUAUCAUAGACACUUUGGAUCAUUUUUCAUUUUAUUUUUUAUUCGUUUCCGCGACAGUUUUGUCCAAUUUAAAACAAAAUGUAAUAUUAAACUCGUUGCUCCAUGACGUUUUUCCAACGCGCGCACAAAAGGUACUGUCAGACUGAUCCCCAAAACUUAUGACACAGAUGUUCGCUCGAUAUAAAAUUUUUAGGUUUAUUACUUGAAGGUUCAAGCUUCAAAAUGAAUAUAUUCAUUCAUAGAUGGUGUUCCAAAAGAGAAGAAUCUAGUUACUCACAGUUACUUUUAUGACAUACUGUGUAUAACUAGAAUAUUGAGUAGAUCAGUGCGCAGAGGACGGGAAGCAGAUAUCUAUACAAAUACACAUACAUCUGAAUUACAAUUAGAAGUUAUCGUUGCUCAACUGAAAAAUAUGAUAUAUUGGCGAUAUUUUUAAGUAUAUAAACUGUUUUCCAGCAAGGACACGUUAAAUUAUAUAAGGCCAUUUUAUUGAUUCAUAAUUUUAUUAGCUACUGCAUUAUUUAACAUCUAAGAUGAUAUAAUUUAUUAUCCUGCAUUGUUGGAUCGCAUAUGUCAUGUGAUUUAACUUCUCAUCUAGCAUUAAAUUACGCAAUAAAAAUAACACCAGUUCUAUUAUCGAAAAUCAGCAUGCUGGCACGUAUAACACAUACAAAUUUGCCGAUUUUGCAACAAGCAUGUUAGCUCAUAUAGUAGUUCUCAUGCGAUUUAACACGAAAAGCACACGAUAUGCUGUAGUCUUUAUCUUGCAUUGCUGUAAUAAUCUUGAUUAGUUAUUUACAAUUUUUAUGUUGUACGGAGAAGUGGGAACUUUACAUAUAAAGUGCCAAAAUAGUUACCGAUAAUCCUUACCAUGAUAAAAUUAAAUUAAUUGAUUAAAUUAAAUUAAUUGAUUAAAUUAAAUUAAUUAAAUUAAAUUAAAUUAAAUUAAUUGAUUAAAUUAAUUAAUUAAUUUAAUUAAUUAAAUUAAUUAAUCAAAUAUUAUUAUAUUGUUAUAAAGAUAAUAAAUAUAGUUGUAGUAAAAUGUUAAUCGCAAUAUAAGGAAUAAUUAUUGUAAGCAACAUUAUUAUAAGUUGUAAUUAGUUACACUUAGAAUGUUGAUCUUAUGCCAAUAGAGGACUAUUGAAAUAGGAUAAAAAAUGCAUAAAUCUCUAAUUAUAUUUA